AUUGCAGCUCCAGCAGGGGGGUGACACCACUAAUAGUUACACCACUGAUCAUUACUCUAUAAUACGACACCUAUUCCAAUUAGAAUUAGCUGCUCUUAAACAUUAUGAAGGCAGUUGCCCAAUGUCAGGCUGUAUUUCUUCCCAGAAAAAGUGACUUGUAUUAUACUGCUAAGCAAACCAGUAUAGACUGUGAGCUGCUCCUCUGGUUUUCACACAUGAAACUAUAAUGUAAUAGAAGCUAGCUGUAGGCCUUUCCUAAAUAAUGCCACCGCUUGAGAUCUCCACUCCACACUGGUUCUGUGAUAAAUGAAAUCUAAUCUGUGCGCACUCGGCGCCACACAAACACUAGCCCCGCCCAUUUCUACUUCUCAUCAUCCCGGAAACUGUCUGAACUACUCCUCCCAGAAUCCCCUUCGGCAGUCAGCUUCCGGUGUUCUGCCGUCACUUCUGGAAAUGGCGUAGCAGUUGUGGCCCUUAUGUUUUGAAGCCCGUUACGGCGGAGACGAGCAGUGGAAAGGGCCCUUGAGUUGCUGGUGUUUCAUUGAUAUUGAUGAGAUUAUCAAAUUAAUUCAUGCCUCAAAUUCCCAAUAUGGAAUAAAGCUUCCAGCCCCGAAUCUGAGGAUUGCUGCAGGAGUUGACAGAAAAGAUGCCUCAUGCAGAAACUGAAGUCUCUUGGGAUGAGCAGGAUUCAUUUACUGAGCCAAGUUUAAAAAGACUAAGACCUGAUUGUUCUGAUUUACAUACCAGCAGAAAUCCUGCUGUGAGCACAAAAAGAAAGGAGAAGACCUACUGGCCACACAGUCGUUAUUUCUGCCUUUCCAGAGAGAAGAAACAUGAAACAAUUGCUGAUGAAAAAAGCACAGCGGAGACUGAGCAUAGUAUUCAUAAUCCAGAAAAAGGUUCUCCACAUUCCAAAGGGACAUCUGGUGUGGACUAUAAUGGCACUCGAGGAGCCCUGUUUAUACCACUCGAACCCAGUGAUGAAGAUGAUUGUAACAUACAACCUCCUUCUGAAAGGCCAGAUUUUGACAGGAGUCCCAACAAAUCAACUGCUAACAUUGUUUUAGAAAAAAGCAGUCCAUUUAUUGGCCCCGUCUUCCAGCCAGCUACAAAAGCAGAACAAGGGAGUGAAACAAGGAAUGCAUUUAUUGGCCCCCUCUUUCGGCCAGCUCUAAAAGCAGGACAGGUGGUUGAAACAAGCCCUGCAUUUAUUGAGCCGCCAUGUCUAAAAACAGGACUCUGGACUGAAAAUCCUUCAAAUGUGGAAAGAAACUGCACUAAAUCUCAAUCUCCUCAUUUUAAGAUAAGUACUGUAAAGCUGAGGAAAGCUCCAGGCCAUGCAGGUGCUCAAAAUGGAAUGGAUUAUGAGUUGCGUCAGUUCUAUAAAGAACUCCAUAUACUUGAGGCUGAAACAGAUGACAUUAAGGAAAGUGAAUGCAAGGCUGAAGGUAACCAGGAAUUUACCUUAUCAAAUCAGUCUAGUCAAGACUCCAACACAUUCUUGGAACAUGCUGGCACCCCAUAUAAUAAAGCCAUAUUCGAUGGUCAAAGCCAUACGAGGGAACUGUAUCCAUACAAUAUACAUAGAAAUAAUUGUUUUUUAAAUAAUGCAGUGCCACCCCCAAGUUUGCAAAAUCAGCACCCACUUCGUUUCCCAAACCAAGAAGCCCCGCUUUUUCAAAAUUGGCAACCCCCGCGUUUCCAAAACCCGCUUCCCCCAACUUUACCAAUCUCUCAUGGCCGACCUCCUCUUCCUCCUCCUCCUCCUUUUCCUCUAUACAACCAUCCAGUGCCACAUCCAAUGCCAAAUGCUUUUGCACCAAGUACUGAAAAUGAGAGCAUUUGUUUUGGGCAUAAUGAACACCAAAGGCAAGACCAGCAACACUGGCAUAGUUUGCCCAACCCUCAUAAUGCCAGGACCAGUAAUAUAAACAAAGGGAAUGUGCCAUUUUUAGAUGGUGAAUGUGGGAACAGACCGCAGGAACACCACAUUGGCAAUGCAUUUAGAAAUCAAGAAUCACAUUCUGGCACAGCACAUUUACUUAAGGACUCUUAUGUUCCUCAAGAACAGCACACUGGGGACAAAAAGGCUUCCAUUAACUAUGAAAGGAAACUGAUAUUGUUAAGAGGUCUUCCUGGCUCAGGGAAGACAACACUAGCACGGCUUCUUCUCAAUCUUAAUCCUGAUGGUUUAGUGUUCAGCACUGAUGAUUUUUUUUGCCAGAAAGAUGGCUACUCUUACAAUGUGAAAUUGCUUGGAGAUGCUCAUAACUGGAAUCAAUUCAGAGCCAGAAGAGCGAUGGAUGAUAGGAGAUCUCCAGUGAUCAUUGACAAUACUAAUAUGCAGGGCUGGGAAAUGAAACCAUACGUGCAAAUGGCCAUAGAGCAUGGUUACUUUGUAGACUUUUUGGAGCCAGAAACCUGGUGGAAACUUGAUCCACUUGAAUUGGCAAAGAGGAAUACACACGGGGUACCACAUGAGAAGAUCUCCCAGAUGCUGGAGAGAUAUGAGCAUAACAUGACUGUGCCUGUAGUUAUGAAUUCUGUAGAACCUCCUCACAAGAAUACACACAGGCACCCUCAGCAGCCCAGGCCAAGAUGGGAAGCCUCUGAGGACUUUUCCCACCGCAACAGAGCAUUUUACAACAGAUUGUAGUGCUUGUACCAGCAGCAUAAUAUACUACUACUACAUGAGCCUCUGGGAUGAUUAAAUAUACCCAAAUACCUCACGGUUCUUCCAGAAACCAACUUGCUUGUGACAGCAGAUAUUUUUUUAAGGUUUUCAAAGAAAUUCAAUAUUUUUAAUGUUCAUUUUUUUUUUAAUUAAUCCCAGUGUAUCAAACUGAGCCUCUGACUUUGCAACGUUUAAGCAGGCAUUCAGGGUAGAUUCCCUCAAGUUUUUAUUUAAUAGGAUGUUGAAUAAAUUCAGCAUCAACAUAUUUUUUUUCCUUCAUUCGUUUUCUUUUUAAAGAUAUUUAGAGCUACGGCACACGGGGAGUAUUUUGCAGCUGGCAGAGAUGUGCCACUUAAUAAUGACACUUAUUUGUAAAUAUCUCGUGUUUCUAUGUUUUUUCUCUCUCAAAACACUGAACUCCAGUAAUUGUUAGUGAGCCGUAUGUACAGUUUAUUUAUGCCUUUCUAUAAAUCAGUAUUGUUUCUGGUGGUUCCAGUGCACCAGCCAACUGA